UGAUAUGUUAUUCUCUUUCUAAAGCGUUGGCUGAGGAUUCCAAAAUUAUUUCGUAAGACCACAACAGUCUCAGGACCAUCUAGCUCUCCUACUUCUUAAAGUCUCAUCUCGCAUAUUAUUAUUACUAAGCAUCUGACUAACCUCGCCGAAUUAAUUAGAAGUAGCUCUCCUACUUCUUUGAUUCCUCCCUUUCUUUACAAUCCAAGCAACCUACCUAACGACAGGCAUCCGAACUGCCCUACAGCUAGGAGCCUUACCAUCGUUUCCACCUUCGAUGGAUCCGAAAAUUGAAAUCAAUACUGGCCACUUUAGAACAUCUGGUAUGCUGUCUUUCUCCUCUGUGCAACUUCACUGCUGACUAGAAAAGGAGAUUUCGCCUGCAAACACCUGCAAACAGAUGCCACUAGAUUGCUCUCUCCCAGCCAAACAGCAAUGGUUUCUUUCGCGAGGAACAGGCGCACUGUCAACUAUUGAACCAUCUGAAGAGAGGCGACAUUUGGAGUUGAGCCAAGCGUCAGCAAGUUGUGUUCAAUCUAAUUAUCUGUAAAUCGUAUCUUUGCUCCAGUUGUGUUUAAUCUCUUGGAAACCUUGUCCAGCUUUCAAAUAUGUAGGUUAUCCCAUACCGUCUCUCCACUCUCACUCUUUCACUCCGUAAAAAACCUCUACUCCGUAUUACUCAAUAAAUUCCUUUUAUGCUUACAGGUUUGUACGUUUUUGUUUUUGAUCUUUUUUGCGCAAUAUAUUCUCUCAUUUUUCAAUAUUGUAUCUUGAUGCUUUCCUUGAUUUGUGUCUGUCAAUUCGCGUUCACGGUAAUUGAUGCACCUCCUACGUGCCACUAGGAGCUUUCUCAGAUUUCCAACCUCCCUUUCUAAUCCCUCCGACGGCUCUAAUCUGGUAUGGACAAUCAUCGCUCGCCAUUACAACCAUAACUUCCCUUUAACUUCCUUAGACAAACUCGCUAACGCCAACCAGUUCAACCAAAUUCUCUCUUAUGCUAUCACCACAGGACUCUUCAACAACUCUUUUAUAGCAAACAAACUCCUCUUCCUCUGUCUUUCAUCCCCCAAUCUUCCACUUGCUCCUGCCCUUUUUUCUCAAAUCCGGAAUCCAAAUCUCUUUGCGUGGAAUUCCAUGUUCAGAGCUUACGCCAAUGGUUCUUCUCCCGAAGAAUCCAUCACUCUUUACAAUGCCAUGCGACGUGAAGGCGUCUUGCCCGAUAACUAUACAUUACCUUUUGUUCUCAAAGCCUGUGGGCGAUUAUCAGUUAUUGAGAAAGGGGAAGAGAUUCACUCGGUAAGUCUGAAAUUGGGAUUUGAGUUUGAUGUAUUUGUGCAGAAUUCACUUAUUUCGAUGUACUCAGUGUGUGGUUUGGUUGAAACUGCUAGGAGGGUUUUUGAUUUGGUUCCAGUCUGUGUCAGAGAUGUGGUCUCUUGGAAUAGUAUUAUCUCGGGGUACUUGCAGAAGGGCCUUUGUGAAGAAGCAUUGAAGGUGUUUGGUAAAAUGUUGGAUGGUAGAUCGGAGAGACCAAAUGAGUUGACUGUGGCAAGUGUACUGACUGCUUGUGGAAGGAUUGGAGACCUUGAUUUGGGUAAGAAGAUUCAUGGAUUUCUUAUGGCAAGUGGGAUUGUCUUUGAUGUCUUUCUGGGCUCCUCUUUGAUUGACAUGUAUGUAAAAUGUGGGCAAACAGAGGAUGCUCGGAAGGUUUUUGACAGACUGCCACACAGAAAUGUAGUCUCUUGGACUUCUAUGAUAGCAGGCUAUACCCAUUGUGGUCUAUUUAGGGAAGCAAUUAACUUAUUUAGGGAGAUGCAGGUUGCAGGUGUGAUGAUAUAUGAAGCAACACUUGCUUGUGUAAUUUCUGCUUGUGGACAUCUGGGUGCUCUUGAUCAGGGAAGUUGGGUACAUGCUUAUGGUGAAAGGAAUGGCAUCAAGAUGAACCUCCCAGUGAAGAAUGCAUUGAUUGAUAUGUAUUCAAAGUGUGGAAAUAUUGAUAAAGCUCUUGAAAUUUUCCAUGAGUUGAUUCAACCAGAUGUGUUUUCAUGGACAGUUAUGAUUUCUGGGCUUGCAGUGAAUGGUAAAUCUGAGAAAGCAGUAGACUUCUUUUCACAAAUGGAGAUGUCAAGUGAAGUCAGACCAAACGAAGUCACCUUCCUUGGACUAUUAUCUGCUUGUAGCCAUGGUGGAAUGGUGGAAAAGGGGUUUUAUUAUUUUGGUUCUAUGACAAGAACUUAUAAUCUCACCCCUCGUAUUGAGCACUAUGGAUGUAUGGUUGAUCUUCUAGGACGUGCCAGUCUUUUGGCUGAGGCUAAGAAGUUUCUCAUGGAAAUGCCCAUUGAACCUGAUGCAGUUAUUUGGCGAGCACUGCUUUUUGCCUGCAGGAAUAACAGGAAUAUAGAAAUGGCAGAAUUUGCAGCAAAACAGAUUCUGCAGUUGGAACCAAGAAAGUGUGGAACUCAUAUUUUGUUGUCCAAUAUUUAUGCUUCAGUUUCAAGGUGGAGUGAUGCAGAAAGAAUUAGAAAAAUUAUGAAUGUUCAUGGGAUUCAAAAGCAGCCAGCUUGCUCUUUUAUUGAAAUAAAUGGUGUUGUUCAUGAGUUCUCUAUUGCUGAUACUUCACACCCUGAAACCAAUAUAAUCUAUAAGAUGGUUAUUGGAAUGGAUCAACUUUUACGAUCUGAGGGAUACAUGCCCGAUCUUUCAUAUUAUGUCAACAUGUGAGGAGAAAGUUGAAGCAUAUUGGAAUCUAAAUCAACUAUGUUCUAUCAUCUGUGCAUGAAAUGUGCUUGUUUUAUAAACUGUAUGGAUUCAUUGCCAUCAAUUUAUCCAUAUCUUAAGUCAGGAGGAUUGGUAUCUUCAUUGGAUAAGAUUCUUCCCAAGUAAUGAAAAUUAUUUCUGCAACUUAAUGGAAGACGCUCAAUGAUCACUACAUCAGGUAUUUCCGCUUGGCAAUUCACUCAUUUGGUGUCCUUUUUCUCUACAGACUUUGUGAAACAAAGAGUUCCUUUAAGAAAUUUCAAGACAUUAAACCUGUCAUUGCGAUGGAAAGCAGGACUCAAGGCAAGAGGUUUGCUAUGUACUUGUCAUCGAGGCUUGUCUAGAGAACAUAGAAUAAAAAAUGAUGGUAAACACUAAACAAUGGCAUUUUAAUAUUUAUUUUUAUUAAAAUGUAGAAUAAAGAGCAAAAGCUGGCAUGAGAAAUGAGAUAAAUUCUUUCUUCUUGGAUUUUGAUAUGCAGUAUGAGAAGCUGGUUAAGGAUCUUUUUCCUCUUAACCUUCCCUCCUCCAAUUCCAGUUCCUCAUUGAAGCCCAACAACAUAUUUUUUUAUUAGCAACAGAAAACAGAAUUUUAUUAUAGAUAUAGCAGCACGACAAGAGGUUGUAGCUUUUCAUUACAAAUAUAGAGUAUGAGCAUAGCCCCUGCUAUCCCACCCCAAUACAGAUCUUACAAAUGAACCCAAUACAGCUGAUGUCUAGUAAUCCCUUGCUUCGCUAAACCAGCAGCCAAGCCAUUUGCUAAUCUUUGUACCCACUGAAUUCCUAUUUGUAUAGUCUUGAUAUCCAAUUAAACCUUUUGGUUUCAUUUCUGUAACACCAAUUUUAUCAUUCACAAAUAUAAUGCAAGGAGCUUUCUCCUUGGCCUUCUUGAAGAGAUCAUGAACCUGAGAAGCAUGAAAACCAACGAACUCAGAUCCAGAGAUGGAGAAGAAUGGAAUACCUGCUUCCCCAGCAAUUUCCUUAGCAAGAAGUCAUUCCAGUUUCUACAUGCACCAACUGCAGUAAAUCUCUUUGAUUUCUUCAGGACCUCCACUACUUCCAUGAAAUCCUGCUUUGGCUCAUUGACUUUAGCAUCAUCAAAAGUCACAGUAGUUUUUGGUUCCAUUUGGAACUUAGCCUUGGAUUAGCCAAAGGAAAGUAAAGCUGAGGGGAAAAAAGCGAGAGGCUCUUUGUUCAAUUGAGUCUUCUACUUGCAGCAACAAUGGUGGACUGCACUAAUGGUGACUACCAUGGUGACCAGAGAGAAGACAAUUGCAAGUAGGUUAUAAUCAAUCUCUGCAACCUGAUUCCAUCUUUUUUUCUUUCUUUUGCCAGUUGUGGUCAAGACCAAGUUUUCAUAGAUCCUGGCUCAUCAAGUUGCUUUACUUUUCAGUGACAACAUGCUUGCUCUAGUAACCUUCAAUUUAACAUUUCUCUGUAUUUGAUAACUCGAAGCAGAGGAGGAAGGGUGGUUAGUUCUGGCAUUGAAGUACCGCCCGGUUGCUGGUAAUUUUCUUCCAUUCACCAUUUCAAUCAGCUGCUGUGCAUCUGAUUAGAUGAUAACUCUGUUGAAGCACUGAAUCUUGCAGAUUUCAGACCUUUUAUUAGGGCUCAAAAUUCUGCAUCAUUGCUUCACUGUGUUCUGAAUGAAGUGCUUCUCUGUUGACCACAGAAACAACCACAAUAGUGAAGAUUGAAAAGGAAUUUUGCUUUUGUUUUACAAAAAUGUUGAAGAAGAUACUUCUAUUAAUAAGUUUCAAAAUCAUCAUCAUCAUCCAUGUCUUAUCCCAGCUAUAUGGGGUUGGUCACAUGAAUCCUGUUUCACCAAUCCAUUCUACUUAAAGCCAAUAAGUUUCAAAAUGGAGUGCAUAUAUUAAUAUUUUGUUUUUGGUAGGUAAUUUCUGAUGUUGGGCACACUUGGGAAAUUUUGGAGUUCUAAUGGGUUGAGGAUUUUAGGAGUUUCGGGUAGCUAAUAACUUUCUUUUCUUGGUGUAAGCUAGUAGAAUAUUCAGUUAUAUGAUGAGAUUGUUAAGGUUGUUUUAAGUUAGAUUUGCUCUGUUUCUCUGUGAUUUAUCAUAGGUUUGUUAUAGGAGUUCUGGGUCUCUUUAACCUGUUGUUUAAGUUAUAUUUGUUAUAGGUUGUUUAAGAAAAAGUUAGAAUUAGUAUUAUUUACCUGCUACUAGUCUGGAAUCAUUUUAGAAAAGUUGUUCCAGUUUAUGGUUGCUUUCCUGCUUCAGCGAAGUCCUUGCUAUCUAGGUGGUGGGUGCAAGGGAUGUCCAAGAAAGGGAGAGCUUGCUGGGAUGUGGUGCCUCUAGCAGUCUUGUGGACACUCUGGUCUGAAAGGAAUGGGAGAAUUUUUAGCAAAAGUCUAAUCCAGAGGAGGUGGUAAUCAAUUGUGAAGUUGACAUGUUAAGAGCUCGGUUGUCUACUUAUACAUGUUUCAGUGGUGAUGGCUUUUCUUCCUCCUUUUUGAAUAUAGAUUUUUUGGGGUCCUUAAAGGAAUGUUCUACAGAAACUUUUUGCACAGAGGACCAUACUUGUAUAUU